AUGACGAGUUUAAACAAAAGCGAGACGCAGAACAUCUCUGCCGCCGAAGAAAAGGUUCCAAGUAAUCUUCCGCAAUGGACGAAAGGCAACUAUGAAAUUAACUGGGUGGCCGUCGCCGUUUUGGCUCUACCUCCCACGAUGGUUUUUGCGGCCAUUUUGGCGGGUAUUCCCCUGCUUCCAAAGACUUUUGCGGUAGCAGCAUUUUUCUAUGUGUUCAACGGCAUGAUUGGUAUUACACUUGGUUACCACCGCCUUUUUUCGCAUCGAAGCUUUGUUGCGCACCCGAUACUUCAGUGGAUUUGCGUAUUUGCUGGUGCGGGUGCUUUUGAAGGCUCUGCCAAGUGGUGGGGCCGCAAUCAUCGCAUCCACCAUAGCUACGUGGACACCCCUAAAGAUCCAUACGAUGCCACUCGUGGG